AUGACAUCGAAAAAUGAUCGAUUCUUUGAUCCAAAAGAUGGAACAUCUGCAAAUGUACCAAUUAUACCUAUAAAUGCAGAAGUAUUCCGUGGAAAACGACCAUUCGAUGCUAAAGUUUUAGUUGGAAAUUGGUAUGAAAAUCGAUUCAAGUUCAAAGAUUCAGGUCAUCGAUCAAAACCAUUUCAUCAAAUUGCUUAUCCAACACAUGUUGGAUCUGUGCCUGAUACUGUAUUCAGACGUAGAGCACUUGGAUCAAAAGAACAACGACUUGGACGAUUGAUUCUUGAUCAUCAUGAUAUUGAUUCUCAAAAACAACUCAUCAGCAGUUAUGAUGAACAAUACAAUAAACGAGGAGCUUAUGGCGAACAUCAAGAUAAUUCAGAAAGAAAAUGGGCAGUACCAGAUAAUCAUUGGUUACCUGAACGUAGUGAUCAUCCUCUUGAAAAUACACCUACAAGUUGGGGUUUAGUCGAAAGAAAACGUGCACAAACUCAGUUUCUUCAACGUCAACGUACAAUGCCUGAUUUAAGUGAAUAUACGAAUCGUUAUAUACCUCAUCGACCAGAAGAAUAUUCAUCACCAAAAUAUGUUGGUAUACCACGACUAUAUUCAUCAACAGUUGAACGUACAAAUUCAUUGAAUAAUAAUAUAUAUAAUCGUUCAACAUCACUAUAUAAUCGUGGAAUACCACCCGCUAUUGAUAUAACUGAUAUUGAUCAUGUAUAUUCAUUACGACGACAUGCAAAUGUACCACGAUCUUGUUUUUAUCCAGAAUCUGUAUCGAAACAUACUGAACAUAGACUACAACGACAUACUUCUUGUCUAACUGAAUCAAUGAAAAUCACAGGACCACUGACAUCAUCCAUGGAACAAAUGCAUAUUCAAGAACAAAUUGCUUGA